GAUAGUUGGUUGUGUCUUUAAAUAGCCGAUGGUCGACCUCUGAUAUUUAAACCUACAACCGGUGUUAAAUCUAGUUUAAAUCGCAAGACGCUGCGGUUUCAGUUCGUCUCUUCCUGGUUCCGUACGUCAUCUGUCUACGACGCUACGGAAGUGUGAGGUGGCACCGUAGCAGCUAGUUAGCUAGCAUACCUAGCUCCGACAUGUCUGCCAUAUUUAACUUCCAGAGCCUGUUAACAGUGAUCCUACUGCUCAUCUGUACCUGUGCCUACCUUAGAGCCAUGGCCCCUAGUCUCCUGGACAAGAACAAGACUGGGCUCUUGGGUAUCUUUUGGAAAUGUUCCAGAAUAGGUGAGAGGAAGAGUCCGUACGUGGCGGUUUGUUGUGUCAUCAUGGCCCUCUCCAUCCUCUUCUCCGAUUAACAGCUCGCCCUUCGCCGCACGCUAAGCACUGUGGGAUUCCGAGUGGAAGACUGAAGAAGAUGGCAGCAGUAUGAGACCGCGAUCACAGAGGAGGCCUGCAUGGGACACAGCUGUUUUUCCCCCCCAGUUUCUUUUGGGUGGGGUGUCAGGUGGGGUGCGGAUAAUGGACUGUAGUAACACAUAAGGACCCUCUCUGGAGAACAACACAAGCCUCCGUCUUCCAUCCCUCCUUCCUUCUCUUCUCCUGGUGGCCAUUUCAUCAAUUCAGUUGUUAAAAUGGCCUCCUGGACCUCUCUGUAAACAGACAGUUGUUGUUUAUUGACUUUUGUUGUUUUCGUUGUCCACUGUGUUAUUAUCCCGUAGGGAUCGCCCCAUGUCUUUCCCUCCACUCUGAUCUGUAAUGAGGGCCAUGUGGUAGAUGGCCAGAGGUUGGAGAGCAGUGUUUGAUAGUUGACAGUGUUUUUUUUGUGUUUUUCUGUACAUUAAAGACCCGGUGGAUGAGACUACUCGACCACUGUUGACGGUC